AUGAUCCCUAGAGAGGCGCGGCCACAGCGGCCAAUAGCUAGCACGUUCCGGCUACCCAAGCUUGUGUCGCUCGUCUUAGCCUUCUCGCUCGUUCUCUCCGUUACAGAACGAACGCAUGCAGGACGAUUCUUGACGGGGAAGGGGUUGAAAGGAGGGGAUGGGCCCAGUGGAUCGUCGUUACGUAUCCUAGACGAGGUGCCUAUAGAGAACGGUGUUCCGGAUCUUGUAACGGUGCUCAAUGAUAAGGGGGAUGCUGAAAAAGAGAAGAAAAAGAAAGAGAAGGAGAAGGAGAAGGAGAAGGAAAAGGAAAAGAAGAAAAAGGACAAGGAGAAAAAAGACAAGGAGAAGAAGGACAAGGAGAAUAAGAGCAGUGACACGACGGGCGCUGUUGAUACGGGCGCUGCUAAAGGUGAUGCUAUCAAGGGGGGCGCUGUCGAAGGCGAUACAAACCAAGAUCCCACGGCUGGUGCCGGGGAGCAAGGUGCCGGCAAGUCGCCACCUGCCGACGAGAAGUCAGGGAACGGCAAGGGGACCAAAGUUUCGCAGCCUCCUUCGCCAAAAGAGUCCUCCGGUGAAUCGUCAGGCGCGCCGUCCAGCAACCAGCCGCAAGAGUCGCAGGAAAGCUCGAAAACGCCUGCGGCAACGCCCGAGAAACCGCCCACCAGCGAAGCAGCGUCUGGAGGAAAGCUCGCCGCUGGUGCCGGCAGCGAGUCAGCGCAGAAACCGGCACCGGAACCUGCCCCAGAACCCGCGCCGGAACCGCCGCCGGAUUCGGCGCCCGAACCUGCGGUGCAACCGCCGCCGAAACCAGUCCCUGCCGUAGAUGGCGAUUCUAAUCCGAGUACAGAUGGCGGCGACAGCGGGGGUGCAGGAGAGGGUUCAGGGGACAACAGCACGGAAGCUUCGUCGAACGCGCAAGGUCCGAGUCAGUCAAGCGAUGACGGAUCGACGGGAGAUAAGGGCGUGCAGGAGUGGAACGGAGGGUCGAAAGACGACGGAAAUUCUGACGGAAAAGUUGACGGAAGCGAUGGCGGGGGGCAAGGGAAGGGCGGGACGGAAACUGCCGGGUUCAGGAUGAAAGACGUGAAGCGCGCCAAUUCCGUCAAGCCCCAGAAGAUCGACGGCUGGUUCGCAAUCCACGAUGCCUACAGUGGCGAGGCCUCGGCGCUUAAGGCGGCUGACGUCAUCUUCUAUGGCGACUCGCUCAUAGAGGGAUGGAGUGAGAAGUUUCUGGGAAGGCAGCUGGGACUCUACGCUGGUGUCAGCGCCGUGUUCGAUGCUCUCAAGGCGUCUCUCGGUGAGGGGAGGGAGGUGCGGGCGUUUGGGAUUGCUGGCGACACAACGGACGACCUUUUAUGGAGGUUGGAGAACGGCGAGCGCCCAUCCUCUCUCAGCCUCUCUCUAGCAGUGGUCUGCGUGGGCAUUAACGACGUUUUCGAGUCUGUUACUAACGGAGGCGUGGAUGCCCAGGCGAUUGCUAAUAAGAUUGGCGAUGUGGUAACCGCAAUUCGCGCGUCACAACCCACCACGAAAGUGCUCGUCCUUGGCCUGUUACCCGAAGGAUACCUCUCUAAGUCAUCAGAACCAGACCCCCAGCCAGGACAAGUCAACGCCGUUCUCUCAGAGUCAAUUCCAGAUGGCACGAGCACCUACUUCCUGGACUGUAAGGAUGCGUUCCUUAACGAGGAUGACCUUCUGCUUGAAGACCACUACAUCAGUGACACCUUCCAACGCCUACACCUGUCAGCAGCAGGCUACGACGCAUGGGCCAGAUGCAUCGCCCCGCAGACCCAGGCCAUCCUUGGGUAA